AUGACGAACCUUAGAAAGAAUACCAUUGUUGUAUUUGGAGCAGUAACUCUUAACUCCGGAAAUGCUUAUGACUCUACUACAGGAAAAUUCACAGCACCUGAUGAUGGUAUUUACUCUUUCAUGUGGACAAUUCUUACAAAGGGUGGGAAUUAUUUUAACACGAAGAUAGUUCUAAAUGGUAAUUUUAUUGGUUAUAAUUACGCGGAUGGUGUAUCAGGCAGUUCUAACUGGGCAUCCGGAUCUUCGUCAGCUGUUAUAAAAAUGAGGAAGAAUGAUAAGGUCUGGAUAUCAACCUAUAGUGAAGAAAAAUAUGCUUAUUCAGAAUGGUCAUCAUUUUCAGGAUUUAGAUUGUAA